CGUCCGAAACACCUUCUACACCCGCAAUGAGCCCUUGACCGACUACCGCGACGUACACUAUGCUGAAUCUCCAGCAGAGCUAUCUUGGAGCGCCAAAUACUCGCCUUCAUCACCUGGUGCUGCCCCAUGAGACACUUCUGCUGUAUUCCACUGCAGAUGCUGUCGUGAUACUCAAUGCCGCUACCCUGGAGGUCAGGCGGGUACUCGCCUUUUGGGAGGCGUUCCCGAGCCUGAUUCAUACGCCAGAUAAUGUGUCUUGCAUCUCUGUAGACUCGGGUAUGAAGCUCAUAGUCGCUUCAAUGGGUAACAGAAUAGCUUCAUGGUCUCUUUCUGGGGUCCAACAGGACACCUGGCACAUACAUUCGACCCUGGUCCUUCCUCCAAACCAUAAUGUUACUGCAAUGCACAACAAAUCUGGGCUCCUUGCCAUUGCCACCGAAAGAAGUCUGUCCGUGCAUACCCUCAUUCUGGAUAACGACCUGCCUACUUGGGCUCAGAAGUGGAUGGUUCGCCUAAAGGAUGCACCUCCUAUAGUGCGCUUCGCGCCAUCCUUGAUGUAUAUUGCCACAAACACCAAGUUUGACAAUUCUGUCAAACUUUACUCUACGACUUCUGGUCGACAAACCCAAGUCAUCCCCCAUCCUCGGCCUAUUGAAAAGGUUUCCUGGCGUCACUCGCGAGUGUCGAGUCGAGACGAUUUGAUACUGUUCACAGUUACCUCUGAUGCUACCCUUCGAAUAUUCUUCCCUGUCCUUGAUUCUCCACAGUACCUACAACUUCAUGCUUCUCUCGACCUUUAUUCGUCACUGCCGUUCUCUAUAACCUCUGCGCACCCCGAGAUACAGCAUUCCUCUGUCUUUUAUCUGGACCGUGAAGUCAUUAGGCAGUCAUCUGACAAAAUUUUGACAAGUUGUCCGAGCCAGAAUAAUGUUCGUACCAGGAGAAUCCAGGAGAUCAAGGACGAAGGAUGGGACCUAUUUCUACGUGUACUCGGGGAUGGCUCUAUUGUUGUGACUGCCGUAACUAACAUCGAUCGCAGACCUCCAACCCUCCUCAAUAAAUUUACACUUCAACAAUCCCCACCUUCCACGUUACCGAGUGUUCCAAAAUAUCUCUACUUCCUACCUAAUUCUACUAAACCUCUCGAUCACUAUGGUCUCAGAGCACGCGCACACGGCUCUGAAGUCUCUCCGGAAGAAUAUUCUGAAAUAGUACGGUUCGUCAGGACACCGGAAGGCAGAGGAGUUGGUGUCAUUCGCAAGAGUAGAGGUCAAAUAUGGACCCUUGCUGAAGGUGACAAAGAGCUGAUUCGUUCUGGCUCUGGUGGCUUGGGCGACAAAAUUGUCGUUCUCGAUAAAGGCCGGACGUUUGCGACAUACAAUACAUCUGACACUACGCUAACACUACAUACCCAGCCUCCUAGUUCACUCACCUUACCUUCGAUUAACUCUUUCUUUACUCUACCAUCGAAAUCAGACGCCGAGUCUAUUAUCGGUAUCACUGACGAUCUUUCGGUUUAUCAUAUCCAACUUAGAACUGCAGGUUCUACGACGCUCUUCCUGCAUUCCCAUGGCCCCCUUCCUCUAUCUUCCCCUCCUGCUAUGAUUGUCCCUGUUGAUCCUAUGGCCUGGGGUCUUGAUCAUCCUUGGAUGAAACAUGAUGUACUUCUUAGCGUGUCGGAUGUCGGAGAAUUAGGAUUUUGGGUGCCGCAAGAGAACGGUCCGGAGGGUGCCUCUGCGGGUUUAAACGGGAGAGAGAACUCCACCGCUUCGACAUGGGUUUGCACCGGCAAGGUCAGGACAGGGAGGAAGGCCAUCAAAAGGGCGAAAUGCAGCUCUGCUAAAAAGACAGCCCUGAUUGUCCCUUGUUCGGAGGGGGAGGAAUUGACAAUAUGGGAUUCGAAAGAGUCAGAAUUUGCCUCUGGACUAGAAUAUCGGAGGGUAUUCAGUGAACCUAUCAAUGACUUGGACUGGACAUCCACUCCAGAUAUGCAGUCUAUCUUAGCUGUCGGAUUUCUGCAUCAUGUAGAACUUCUUUGUCAGCAGCGAAUGACGUACUUCGAUGAAGGACCCGGAUGGGCAAUUUGUUGGAAGAUUGACAUUCAAGGCUUCAUCCCUUAUCCUAUCAGCGACUCCAUUUGGCUAGCCAAUGGAUCCUUUUUACUAGGCGCAGGUCAUCAAAUGUUUUUGUAUGGACAAGAUGUAUCUUCCUCGAGAGGAAGUAUCACGAGUACUCUCAGUGACGAAAGUCUUUUUGAUUAUGUGGCGCGGCAGAAUGGUCCAUUAGAGGAUUAUCAUCCCCAGAUGUUAUUGCAGUGUCUUCUAUGGGAAAAGGUGGAAUUGGUCAAGGACAUCAUUGUCAAUCUGGCGAAAGACAUUGAAGCAGGAAAGUCACCGAGAGAUUUUACUACUGUCCCUGUCGAACGCUUUCUUCGGCCCGGUAAUACCCUACAGAGAGCUUCACACAAGAAACGUUACACCCAGCUGUUCGAUGGACCAGAUCUAGGGGAUGACAACGAGGAGAAAGAAUUCUCAAGAUCCCUUGUCAUGCGCUUAAUUGAAUCACUGGAAGAUCGUCCAUUGCGCCAUCUAACCCCCAAUGAGCAUGCACAUCUCUUGGUAUUGAUACAAACGACAUUAGAAAUAGACGAGCAAAGUCGGUCCCUGGAUGCUAACGGGCUACGAUAUUUGAUAUCCAUGCGGUCAUUUUACAUCCUGAACCGCCGCGCAUCUACCCCAGCAAGCCCGUCUUCGAAAGGGGGUAUUCCACGAAAUACGGGCCGGCGCGAGCGACUUAGAUACCGGGAUAUGAUUUGGGCGUUUCAUAGUGAAAGUCAUGGUCUGCUCUUGGAGGCCUCCAUUGCUGCAUGUAAUGGGAAGAUGGGAUGGUCCGACGCCAGAGCCCUCGGUAUAUCUAUCUGGACGACUUCUGUGGAGACACUGAAAUUACAAAUAGAGAGUAUUGCUCGAAACGAGUACAUGGUGGACCGGGACCCAACGGCAUGCUCCUUGUUUUAUUUUGCCUUAGGAAAGGUGAAGCUGGUACAUAGCUUAUGGCGACAGGCUGCAUGGCAUAAAGAACAAGGUCUUAUGCUCAAGUUUUUGUCUAAUGACUUUUCCGAGCAUCGAUGGCGGACAGCAGCACUCAAGAAUGCCUACGCACUUUUGGGAAAGCGCCGUUUUGAAUAUGCCGCCGCCUUCUUCCUAUUGGGACAAUCCCUUAAGGAUGCCGUCAAUGUCUGUAUAAAGCAGCUAGGCGAUUUUCAAACAGCCAUAGCUAUAGCUCGUGUGGUUGAGCAAAGCAAUGAGGGACCCGUAUUCCUGGAUAUAUUGCGAAACACAGUGUUACCAACGGCAUUCAAAGAUGGUAACAGAUGGCUUGCUAGUUGGGCGCUCUGGUUGUUGCAUAAAAGAGACCUGAGCGUUCGCGUGCUUGUGACCUUGUUCAGUGCCCUUGACAUUCAAGUCACUGAUAUCGGCGAACCUCACUACGACGAUCCAAGCCUCGCCCUCUUAUUCUCCCAGUUACGAUCAAAAACUCUACAAGCGGCCAAGGGAACAAGUGAAAUUUCCGGGAGCUCAGAAUUCAAUUUCGUGUUACAGAUCGCUCGUGUCUUCUGUAGAAUGGGUUGCCACGUUCUCGCGCUGGACCUUGUGCGGUCUUGGGUGUUUGAUCGCCCCUCUCCUCUCCUUAUGAACGGCGACUUCCAAGCUGAAAGCAGUAAAGAUGGCAUUUCUCCGCCAAGUCCGACAAUAUCGCGUCGUUCCCGAUUUACUUUCGAACCAGGUUUACGGCGCCGAUCAUCAAUAAUGAUCGACAUGGAUAUUACUUCCUUACCUCCUACGCGAACAGCUUCUCCAGAACGAAAUGGCCCAAAAGUACCGCCCGUAAUCCAGGAGGAAGUCAUCAAAGACGAGGGCGACUUCUUUGCCAGGAAAGCAGGGUUGGGAGACCUGAUGAAGUCUGCAAAGCAGGACGUGACGGUUCCAGAGUUCGAUAUGAAUGCAUUCUUUUGAAUGAGUUCAUUGCUGUGAGGAUCUUA